AUGGACGCCCCGCUUGCACUUCAAUCUACACUCAAGCCUGCUGGCUUUGCUAUCUCCGAUUUCAUCGCUAUUGGGCAGCUCCCCUGGAUCCUGUACCGCGAUUAUUACACUGUAGCCCGGAAUGCGCCUCACGAGUUUCAAAUGGUGUUAGGCGAGAUAUCUAUACUGUGUAAUUCGUUGAAAAUUUUACAGGAAGAGGUCGAGAACCCGCAAUCUGCGCUAAUAGGCGCCGAGGAGGAUCGAGUCAGGAUGAAUAAAGCUAAGCAUGUUUGGCUGAAGCUCAAGUGGUCCGCAGAGUUGAAGAGCGUGGAUUCGCUAAGAAGUAGGGUACGUAUCCCGAUCUCUUGCCGAUUCUUGGUUACUCUAAGUUAUAAUAGGAUGCUCAUCGCAGUUGGUAUGUCACAACACCGUCAUGAAUACCCUAUUAGUGUCUGUUGGCAAUUCCUCGCUCGGCCGCAUCGAGACAUUCAAUGGUCGAAGACGAUGUAUACAAGCUCUCGCUUAGCGCAGAAUUAUGAGAAAUGCCGAGACUCUACAACCAUGGAGCUCCAUUUCAGUGAAGAAAUGGGUGCAACCAGGAAAGUGGUGGCUUCUUCGGGCUUAUAUCUUGCCAUCGAAGAAAACCAAGCAGAUGUUGUCCAGCCUCUCCUAGACAAUGGCACGGAUCCUGAUAGCAGGCGUUACGUUUCCUACCACAAGGGGCGUGAAGAACCUAGAAGAGAAGAACGCCUUGCCGCAGCACGGCUGUCGCUCGAAAUAGGAGCGAAUAUCAACGCGGAAGACGACUGUGGUAGGACGGUACUCCACUUGGCAGCUGAAGGAGGAUCCAGAGAUAUUGUUAAUUUGUUACUUGCGGACGUUAACAUCAAUGUCAACGCAAUAGAAGAUUGGGAUUCGGACAUAGGGCUGAAGAGAAAAGGAAGGACACCUCUACAUGUAGCAAUACGGAAUGGUCACUAUGAUAUUGCACAUACGCUGCUCAAAGGAGGGGCGAAGGUCAAUGCCACCGAGUCAUUCUUGGAGGGUGAUAACCCUGAUAUCAUAAUCACCAAUGACUGGUACACCUAUUACCCCAUUUUAACGGAGAAUCAGCAACAUAUUGCACCAACAAAGAAGGAGAAUAUGAAUAAAUCGCAACUCUUACUCUCUCACGGUGCAGAUGUCUAUGCAGAGGCCGAAGAGCAAGAAGAGAGAGGCGCCAGCGCAAAACGGGAGCUCCGGAAACAACUGUGA